GCUUCAUUAACUUUUUAUGAUUUUGCAGGUGAAGCUGAAUCACAGGAAGUUACUUGAUGGAAUGCUGGCUUUAUGUGGGGUUCCACAAGAAAAAUUUAGAACGAUUUGUUCAAGUAUUGACAAGUUAGACAAGCAGACGUUUGAGCAGAUAAAAAAGGAAAUGGUGGAAGAGAAGGGUUUGACUGAGGAGAUGGCAGAUAAAAUUGGAACUUUUGUUGGACAAAGGGGAGCUCCCGUGGAACUAUUGUCUAAGCUAAAACAAGAAGGCAGUAAGUUUUUGGAGAACAGUGAGUCCGAGCUUGCAUUGAACGAACUGGAGGUUUUGUUCAAAUCUUUGGAGAAGUCAAAGUGUAUUGACAAAGUGGUUUUUGACUUGAGUCUUGCAAGAGGUCUUGAUUACUAUACUGGAGUCAUAUUCGAAGCUGUUUUUAAAGGGGCUGCACAGGUAUUUUCUUUUAUUUUCUGCAAUUUCAAAUCUUUAGAGGAUUGUAUGUUUAGGCAAUAAUCUUGUUCAAUUUAA